UAGGGCAUGAGUAAUUUCCAGGAGCCACUCUUCUCAGCAUUUAUUUUCAACUCGAAAGCUGACGUGAAGCUAUAAAACUACAAAAUUAAUUUUCCCUGACAACUUUUCUGCUACAUUUCACUCUAUAUAAAUCCCCAACCCACCUCACUCUUUCCCCCUGCUUGUAUCAUCUUCACAACAAAUCAAUAUCCUUCACCAUUUCCACAAUCCUUUCGCCAUAACACCAAAGUCUAAUUGAGGGAGAGAGAGACUACGUUUUUCUAUGGAGACUGUUUCUAUUUUACUGUACGUAAUUCUCUUUCUCUCCGUUCUUGUUUCAUAUCCAUUCCUAAGGAAGCAAAAGAGAGGAGUUCCUGUAAAAAGAUUUAAGCUUCCACCAGGUUCAAUGGGUUGGCCAUAUAUUGGAGAAACUCUCCAACUCUACUCUCAAGACCCAAAUAUCUUCUUUUUAACAAAACAAAAAAGGUAUGGAGAAAUAUUCAAAAGCCACAUACUUGGUUGCCCUUGUGUCAUGCUGGCUAGCCCUGAAGCGGUAAGGUUUGUGCUGGUUACUCAUGCUGACUUGUUCAAGCCAACGUACCCCAAAAGCAAAGAGAAGAUGAUCGGCCCUUCCGCACUAUUCUUUCACCAGGGUGAAUACCACACUCGUCUGAGGAAGUUGGUUCAAAGCUCGCUAGCCCCUGAUACCAUCACGAAGCUAAUUGCUGAUAUCGAAGACAUAGCUGUUUCUGCCUUGGAGUCAUGGGGUGGCUCUGGACAAGUUAUAAACACUUUUUAUGAGAUGAAAAAGUUCUCUUUUGACGUCGGCAUUCUUUCCAUUUUUGGUCACUUAGAUAGAGGCUACAAAGAGAAGUUGGAGGAGAACUACCGAAUAGUAGAUCAAGGUUAUAACUCUUUUCCUACAAACAUUCCUGGGACUGCAUAUCAAAAAGCACUACUGGCGAGUAAAAGGCUGAAUCAGAUUCUGGGUGAAAUAAUCUAUGAGAGGAAGGAGAAAGGGCUGGUGGAGAAGGAUCUGUUGGGCCAUUUGUUGAACUUCAAGGAUGAAAAGGGGCAAACUGUGACUGAAGAUCAAAUUGCUGAUAACAUCAUUGGAGUACUUUUUGCUGCCCAGGACACUACGGCCAGUGUUAUUACAUGGAUUCUCAAAUUCCUCCAUGAUGACCAGAAACUUCUAGAAGCUGUGAAGACAGAGCAAAAGGCAAUAUACGAGUCAAACAACGGAGGGAAGAGUCCCCUAACAUGGGCACAGACAAGGAGCAUGCCUCUUACAUAUAGGGUUUUACUUGAGAGCUUGAGGAUGGCCAGCAUCAUAUCUUUCACAUUCAGGGAAGCAGUAGUUGAUGUGGAAUAUAAGGGAUAUCUAAUACCCAAGGGCUGGAAAGUAAUGCCAUUGUUCAGGAAUAUUCAUCACAAUCCAGAAUUCUUUUCUGAUCCUCAUAACUUUGAUCCAUCUAGAUUUGAGCAGAUAGCUCCAAAACCCAAUACUUUCAUGCCAUUUGGCAACGGCGUCCACGCUUGCCCCGGCAACAAGCUAGCCAAGCUGGAGACUCUCAUUUUGAUCCACCAUCUAGUAACAAAAUUUAGGUGGGAGGUGGUGGGUUCUCAAAGUGGGAUUCAAUAUGGCCCAUUCCCAGUCCCUCAGCAAGGACUCCCAGCCAAAUUUUGGAAAGAAUCCAGCAGUCCUAUUCAAGAUGUGUGUCCUUAAGUUACAGAUUUGGGAAAGAAUCCAUGCAGCAAUGCCGCAGCCAAAACUUUUCUGCUCCCUACUAUUCUUCGCCAUGGGGUUUCUCAAAUCAUAUUAGAUUUCCCCUUGAUUUCGUAUAAUUAUUAACUUUCACGUUAUUUUUGCAGCUAGUAAUUGCAACUUUUCGUUAGAAUAUGUAUAUUAUAAAGUGUAAUAAAAGAAAGAAUCAUUUCCCCAACUUUCUUAUCUCUACAGCUAU